GAGAAAAACCAGACAGAGACAUGUGGCAGUUUUGGAUCCUGGCUCUCAUUCGUCCUGCAGCCUUCCAAGGGGUGGAACAUGAUCCCAACGAAGGCUUCAAGGGGUCUCUGCAGGAAUUUCAAGAUGGGGUCACCCAGAACAAGACGGUGCUGGAAAACGGGACGGACACCCCUUGGAGAUCAACGUGGCUGGCCAGCACAACCAUUCCGCUCCUGACCGUGCAAAGCAGCACGGACUACAAAGCCAGGAAGCUGACAGCCCCAACCAUCACCGUCCAUGCCAAGAACGGGACCUGCCAGGCCCUCCUGAGCUGUGCCGUGCCAGAAGAGGAAGCCGGCGACCUGAAUUACACCUGGUUCCAGGUCAACGGCAGCGUGGUUCUCUCCACGGCGCAGACGCUGAACGUUGUCCAGAAGCCUCCGCAGGGCGCCCCGGAUUACGUCUGCAUCGUUCGCAGCCAGGCGGGUGAAAGUUCUAGCGUGGUUUCGUUGGAGAAGCAUUGCCAGGAUCCACCUAUCACCAGCAAAUACCUCUCGGCAUCUUUUUAUGCGAAAUAUAUCGUCCCACCUUUCAUCGUUCUUGUGAUCUUGCUGGUUCUCUUCUUAAUGUACAGACGGAAAAGAGGAAGAGAAAUACACAGCAGCAUGGAAUCCAUCAACGAGUCUUCGGACUCCGACAAUGAGGUGGGUCCUUCGGUGGAACAGACGGCAGAGGUCACCUUCCUUCCCGAGGGCGUUAAACCUCUUUCUCAGGACAACACAUCCACUGCCGAAACAGCCAUCAGCAACCAGGAAAAGGCGCCCGAUACACCGAAGCAGCUUCCAACUCAAGCAUGAAUUUUUGCUUCAGAUUAUGGGUCACUGCCUUCUCCCCCUUGUUAAGGAAUGUUAAGGGUGGUGGAGUGUGGAGGGACGUCUGGCCACCCCAGAAAAAAAGUCCUGGAAUGACCCCCCACACACACCACACAGGAUUCCAAAACUGGCAUCUCAUCUCUCAGCUUCACUGGUGACAAAACUGACUCAUUUUAGUCUCGCUUAGGUUCUCAAGCGGUUUUGGCCAGACUUUUUUUUUUUUUUGAUAAUUUCCAAGAUUUGGAAGUGGAAAAGACCAUACUUGGAAUACUGCAUCCAAUUCUGGACACCAUGAUACAAAAAAAAGAUGUUGAGACCACGGAAAGCGUGCAGAGAAGAGCAACAAAGAGGAUUAAAGGCGGCGGAGCUGGAGGUUAAACCAUACAAUGAGCAGCCUUCCAAUAUUUGAGGGGCUGCCACAGA